AUGAGUCUGCAAUUUUUAUCAUCGCGCCUGAGGGCGCUGGUCGUGCUGAUCGCACAGAAUGCGCGGUCCUUGACGAAGCUAAGGACCGUCGCCAUCAUCUACGUGCUGUUUAACCUCAAGAGCCUACCCUUGAUGUGGCACUUACGAACCCUCCGCACCGUUAUCCGCCGCAUCACAGACCCAGCGCGCACCAAGUACCUGUCGCCGCGAUGCCUAUUCCUCCCCACCGUUAGCUCCACGCGCUCGCCGUGGCUCGAGUGCGACUACAACAUCCACAAGUCCAACUCCACCUACUUCACCGACAUCGACAUCAUGACCAUCGCCCUAGGGAGCUGCAACUGCGUGUGGCGCAAGGAGAUUAAGCCGUACAAGCCGUACGAGCUCUGGUCGCGCGUCGUCUCCUGGGACGAGAAGUGGAUCUACGUGGUCACCCAUUUUGUCGAAAAGGGCCGCUACGCCCACAAGGAAUAUCUUUUGCAGCCCGGGCGAAAGGCGAGCCGGAAGACGACCAAGGGCGAGCCCGUAGACCCCAUCGAGGCCGUGUACGCGUCCUCCAUCUCGAGAUUUGUCGUCAAGAACAAUAGGCGUACGGUGCCUCCGGAAGAUGCGAUACGCCUGUGUGGGUUGCUCCCGCCGAGAGAUGACUCCCCGAUGGCGCUGAGGUGA